AGGGAUGGCCCGAUCACAAGGAUCUGCACCAACGACUUUUUUUAUUUAUCCAGAGCGACUGACGGAACCCUCAGGACAUGACACAUUUGUACACGGCCGUGACAUCUGCAACGAGACCUUCCAUUUCAUCAGCUUUACAAUCUGCCGACGCCUGUGUGAACUUGCGUGGGGCAAGACGUUAAGAGCUCAGGUUGGGCAUGCCAGCAGCGACCAGACCGUGGGCGUAGCAUCCGAGCGGCCGAGAAAGAGAGAGAGAGAGCGGGGGAGCGAGGCGAGGAGAGGAGAGAGAGAGGGAGCGAGUGCCGGGGCGGAGAUGGGCGAGACGGAAGAGGAGAAGAGCGCCCAGGCCGGGCAGCUCUUCGAGAACUUCGUCCAGGCCUCCACGUGCAAGGGCACCCUGCAGGCCUUCAACAUCCUGUGCAGGCAGCUGGACCUGGACCCGCUGGACCACAAGAGCUUCUACAGCCGGCUCAAGGCCCGGGUCACCUUCUGGAAGGCCAAGGCCCUGUGGAGCAAGCUGGACAAGAGGGCCGCCCACAAGGAGUACAAGAAAGGAAAGGCCUGCACUGGCACCAAGUGCCUGAUCAUUGGCGGCGGGCCCUGCGGCCUGCGCACGGCCAUCGAGCUGGCCCUCCUGGGGGCCAAGGUGGUGGUGAUGGAGAAGCGGGACGCCUUCUCCAGGAACAACGUGCUGCACCUCUGGCCCUACACCAUCCACGACCUGCGGGGCCUGGGCGCCAAGAAGUUCUACGGCCGGUUCUGCGCCGGGGCCAUCGACCACAUCAGUAUUCGCCAGCUGCAGCUGAUGCUGCUGAAGAUCGCGCUGCUCGUCGCCGUGGAGGUGCACGUCAACGUGGAGUUCGUCAAGCUCCUGGAGCCCCCGGAGGACCAGGAGAACGAAGGGCCCGGGUGGAGGGCCGAGGUCCGACCGGCCGACCAUCCCGUCUCGGACUUCGACUUCGACGUGGUGGUGGGGGCGGACGGCCGGCGGAACACGCUGGAAGGAUUCCGGAGGAAAGAGUUCAGGGGGAAGCUGGCCAUCGCCAUCACCGCCAACUUCAUCAACCGCAACACCACGGCCGAGGCCAAGGUGGAGGAGAUCAGCGGCGUGGCCUUCAUCUUCAACCAGAAGUUCUUCCUGGAGCUCAAGGAGGAGACAGGGGUGGAUCUGGAGAACAUCGUGUACUACAAGGACAACACCCACUACUUCGUCAUGACGGCCAAGAAGCAGAGCCUGCUGGACAAGGGAGUCAUCAUUCAUGACUACAUCGACACGGAGAUGCUCCUGAGCAGCGAGAACGUGAACCAGGAGGCGCUGCAGUCCUACGCCCGCGAAGCCGCCGACUUCGGCACCAACUACCAGCUGCCCUCGCUGGACUUCGCCAUCAACCACUGCGGCCAGCCGGACGUGGCCAUGUUCGACUUCACCUGCAUGUACGCCUCGGAGAACGCCGCCCUGGUCCGGGAGCGCUUCGGACACCAGCUGCUGGUGGCCCUCGUCGGGGACAGCCUGCUGGAGCCCUUCUGGCCGAUGGGAACGGGGUGUGCCCGUGGGUUCCUUGCCGCCUUCGACACAGCCUGGAUGGUGCGCAGCUGGGCACAGGGUAGAACCCCCCUGGAGAUCCUGGCAGAGAGGGAAAGCAUUUACAGGCUCUUGCCCCAGACCACUCCAGAGAACAUCACUAAGAACUUUGAGCAGUACACCGUAGACCCAGUGACCCGGUACCCCAACCUCAACUCCAGCUGUGUAAGACCUCACCAGGUGAAGCACCUCUACAUCACCGGGGAGCUGCAGCCCUGCUCCCUGGAGAGAGCCAGCUCGGUGCGCAGACCAGUUAAUCUCUCUCGACGGGAGUCCGAGGUGCGGCCCAGCAGGCUGCUGACCUGGUGCCAGAAGCAGACGGAGGGCUACAGGAGCGUGAGCGUGUGCGACCUGGCCUCCUCCUGGAAGAGCGGCCUGGCCCUCUGCGCCCUCGUCCACCGCUUCAGAGCCGACCUCAUCGACUUCGACUCGCUCAACGAGGAGGACGCGGCCGCGAACAACCAGCUGGCCUUCGACGCGGCCGAGCGGGAGUUCGGCAUCCCGCCCGUCACCACGGGCGAGGAGAUGGCCGCCGCCGGCGAGCCGGACAAGCUCGGCAUGGUCCUGUACCUCUCCCGGUUCUACGAGCUGUUCCGCGGGGCGCCCUUACCCGCCGCAGGUUCCAAAGGAGAGACCGAUGAAAACAACGAGGACUAUUCAUCGAAGUCGGACAACUCUGUUUACAACUUGAUGAACCUAACACUGCCCAGAAAACGGAUACCCAAGGAUGACAAGAAGCUGGAGGACAGCGACUCAGCCAACAAAAGGCGAAGAAAGGGCUGUAACUAUCUGGAAGAGGCGACCAACUUCUCCGGUCAGAGCGCUCCUUCUGGCGGGGAAGGCGGAGAGCAGAAGGAGAACAAAGUCAGAUCCAUGGCCACCCAGCUGCUGGCCAAAUUCGAGGAGAACGCCGCCCCCGCCUGCACCAUCCGCAGACAGCCCGAGCCGGACGCGGGCGACGCCAAGCCGCCGGGCCCCCCCCCGCUCGACGUGAGCGAGAACCCCCGCUUCGCCCGCCCCAAGGACCAGGCCCCUCCCCCUGCCCCACCUCCGCCCCCGCCCCCGCCCAAGAGGCAGUCGUACGUCGGGUCCAGUUACGCUCCGGGCCUCUUGGCUCCGCCCCCGCCCCGCCCACUGCACAUUCCCAGCAGACCCAAGCAGGCCAAUCAAACGCGCGCGCUGCCGCCGCCGCCGCCGCCGCCACUGCCCGACAGUGCGGCCCCCGCAGAUUACCCACAAUCCCCGGCGUCGUGCUGCUCCACGGUGCUGGCCGUGUCGGGGAUGGCACAGCGGCUCCAUCGGCUGGACGAGAAGAUCAGCCAGAAGAAAGCGCAGACCCAGAACGCUCGAGAGUUCCGCCAGAAGAGCAUAAGGGAGAAGGCGCUUCACCUCCGCGCCCUGUUCUCGGGCUGCGAGACCCUCCCGGCCCAGACCGCCCCCCCCGCCCCCGCUCCUGGCCCCCACGCCGCCAGGCCCAAAGUCGCCUCGCCGCCGCGUCCCCCAGAAUCCUCUUCUGCUGCUUCCUGUUUCCCGCCUCCCGACUCCGCCCCGUCUCCUCAGUGCCAGCAGCAGAGAACUGUGGGGAAGGUGUCAUUGGUCAUAGGGGCAAUGGCCGAAACCCUAGUCACCCUCUAUGAGAAUGAUCACAGGCCCAAAGCCGCCUGUUCGCCUACCUCACCGGAGAAGCCGUCUCCGCGAACGGGCUCCUUGCGGAGGGAGUUCCCCCAGACCCUGGGCGGCAGCGACACCUGCCACUUCUGCGGCAAGCGCGUGUACGUGAUGGAGCGCCUGAGCGCGGAGGGCCGCUUCUUCCACCGCGAGUGCUUCCGCUGCCACGCCUGCAGCGCCACGCUGCGGCUGGGCGGCCACGCCUUCGACUCCGAGCAGGGCAAGUUUUACUGUAAGCUUCACUUCGCUCAACGGAAGACGAGCAUCAGGUACAAGAGGCGGACAGUAGACCCACAGAAGGAGGCCCAGGGAGCGGUAACGACGGACAGCUCCCGUACGUCUUCCCCCGACAGCGGCGGCGGCGGCGGCAGCGCCUGCUCGGCCGCGGGCAGCCUGCGGAGCCAGCCCCCAGGAGGGUACUUCCAGCACCUCAGUAACCAGACUAGCCCAGAGAUGCGCGGUGGACCCGCGCAGACCGGCCGGCUGGACCCCAGCGCGGUUGCCGAGUUACCGGAGGAGAGCGGGUCGGCGCCGGCCGCGGAGGGCCCCGCCCCGUCCGACGCCCGGCAGGCCUCAGACACACCUGGGUGCGAGGGGUCGGAGGUCACGCUGCUGCUGUCGCUCGACGCCAGACUUGCUGAAGAAGCCGGCGCUCUACCAGGGGAGGGUGCUGCUCCCACAGGACCGGCCCAGCUCGAGAGGAACGGCCGCUGGAGGAGGAAGAUCCAGGCCACUUUCCCUCUCAUCCUGGUGAAGACUCACAACCGGACGACCUCGACCACAGGCCUGGGAGACCAACCCCGGGACUGCGCGGGGGAGGAAGAGGAGGAGUCUGACUUCGAAGAGAUCUUCCUGCCUGCUCCAGAGAGCCCUGUGGGAUCUGGCCGUCCUUUGCACCAGGGGCCCCCCGCUGAGGGGGCGGACUUCCUUCCUGGCGACCCAGCGCCCUGCCUUCCCCCGAGCUCCUCCCACGAGGACCCGCCCGCGGCACAGCUCGGUCGCCGCGGGCAACCGGCCGGCGAGUACUUUGACGUGGAGAAGACGAAGACGGGGAAGAAAAAGCUGACCCUCUCGCAGACCCAGAAGGAGAAGCUCCUGGAGUGGGACUUGGGCGGCCCCGACCGGGGGCCCAGGGGGGGCCGCGCCGAGGCCGGGGCGAGGAGGGAGGAAGGUUCCGGAACGGACCGGAAGGCCGAGGUCGAGGUUCCCGCUGACCCUCCUCUGUUGCCGCCCCGGCCGCCUCCCACUCCGUCGCCGCUCCAGCUGGUGGUCAACGCCCUGAGGAGGUCUUUCAGGAUCUCGGCCCCCAAGGCCGUCGCCAGGAGCAACGGGGCUGCCAGAGCCCGCCCCCGGUCCGAGGGCUCCUUCAGUUUUAACUCCCUGUUCGGAGCGGCCGGGCGCCCGGACCUGGGCCCGCCCUCUGCCCCGACUGCCACAGGAGGCGGGACCUCAGGGGCGGGGGAGAAUACCUCGGCCACACCCACCUCAGCCACGGCCACCUCCACCUCUGCCUCAGCCACACCCACCUCUGGUACACUCACCUCCACCUCAGCCACACCCACCUCCACCUGCGCCUCCGCCUGUGCCAGCUCGCCCCCCGGGUCCUCCGGCAGCACGGCCGGCGCCGACCUGCCCGGGAUCCUGCAGCGGGUGUCGCUGGGCUCCGGGGCCCCCAGGGACGACCUGGCCGCCCUGCCCCCCAGGAAGCUGAACUUCUUCUCCUCCAUGAGGGUGAAGCGGUGCGAGGGGGCGGAGCGGGCGGGGCGGGAGGGGCGGAGCUCCCAGGACAAGGACAUCUGGACCAUCAUCUCAGACCUCAGGAACAAAGUCUCGAACCCGCAGCAGCAGGACUCCAGCUCCUCCAGCGAAGAGGAGAGCGGCGUCGGCAAGCAGAGGGGCACCUCUGGGCCGAGGAAGAGGAGGAAGCAGGAGGAAGUGGUGAAGCAGCAGGCUCGACGGGAGCAGCUGAAGAGGCUCCACAGAGCUCAGGUGAUCCAGCGGCAGCUGGAGGAGGUGGAGGAGAAGCAGAGGGCCCUGGAGGAGAGGGGCGUCGCCCUGGAGAAGCUGCUCCGAGGCGAGACAGAGGACCGGUCCCAGGAUGAAGCCCAGCUCCUGCAGACCUGGUUCAGGCUGGUCCUGGAGAAGAACAAGCUGGCCCGCUACGAGUCCGAGCUGGUGAUCUUUGCUCAGGAGCUGGAGCUGGAGGACACACAGAGCCAGCUGCAGCAGAAGCUCCGCCGCAGGAUGGCUGUGGACAGCUCCAGGAAGAGUGCGUGGGAGCAGGCCGAGGAGCAGCAGAUCUUCAGCGAGAUGAUGAGGGUGGUGGAGAAGAGGGACGCCCUGGUCAGCCUCCUGGAGGAGCAGCGUCUCAAAGAGAGGGCCGAGGACCAGGACCUGGAGAGCCUGGUGCUCACCAAGGGCUACCGGCUCCACUGGGCCUGAGAGCCCGCCCAGCGCCGCCACCACCAGAUUUACAGCAGUGCCGUUCCGGGGGUCAGAAGACCAUCCUAUUAAAUUUCUCAUAUUGCUGAUUUUACAAACUGAUGGUGUAUAACUCUGCAUAUAGUGCACACUGUGGUGCCGUACCAGAAUUUUGCCUUCCGCCAAUGCACUCCGAUUAAGUAAAAAGGAAGGGCUGGCUCACGUCAGUCACAACGCUUUCGGUGUUCUGCCUCGGGGGAGCACCGGCAACACCGGGGCCUGUUGGAUUUGCCAUAUUUUGCACUUCAGUUGUAGAAAUAGCCUCCCUGAUGAAAUCUACUUUUCAGUGAUAACAUUGUGUAUGAGAGAAUUCUGAAUGGUAUGAAAGACAUUGUAUUUCCAUUGAUUUUACAGAGAGACCAAGGACAAUGGCUUUAAGUGUGUUUAGCAGUUUCACUGUGUGAUGAAACUGGUUGUGUACAAAACAGCUUAGAUGUAACCCUGAACUGCCGUGUGUCUUGUUUUUUUUUGUUUUUUUGAUACAUGAAUGCAUGAUAACUUUGGUGUACCCUACUCCUCAGCAUUCUAGGUUAUUUCUACACAAACACAUCUUAAUAUUUAUUUAAACAAGUAUGCAUGUACUUCACAGAAAAAAUUAAUUAUUUUGUUAGGCUGAACUAAACCAAAGAUUUUCUCAAACUAGACCAGCGAUGUUUAUAGUUUUGACCAAAUAAGAGUAAAAACAUUUCAAUGUGUUAUUAAUAGGCUAUAGGCCUCCGCCUCACCUGUUUUUCUUUGAUUUACGAAUAUGCGAAGAAUAUUUCGUUUUAAUUAUGUAUUUAAACGAUGUUUGAAUGAUAAUGAGUGGGUGUAUGGGUAUUUCUGACAUUGUGUAAACAAGCAAACAUUUAUAUAAAAGAGACUGGCGUUGAAUGUGUUGUAUUGAAUUAAUAUUUAAAAAUAUAUCUUAAAUAAUUCCAAUAAAAAUAUUUCAUUCUA